UUCUUUCCGGCAUGUGUUAAAAUGCCACUAAUACUAGUUAAUCCCGGCAUUAAUAGCAAUGCCGGAAAAUAUUAUCUUCAAACGGCAUUAGUUGUAAAAUGCCGGAAAAAAUUACUCAAAAACGGCAUUAUUUUAGAAAAUGCCGUUUUUAGUUUCCAUGGGCGGCAAUUAAUUACCACGAACGGCGCGCAAUUUAUUUUUUCCUCCUAAAACGACGUCGCGUAGUUACACUGUGAAGUACUUCUCGUACUUUUUUCCUCCUAAUUUUUCCUUUUUCCCUCUUUAUCUUUUCCUUUUCCAUCUCUCGUCCUCACUCCAAACCCACUCACUCUGGCAAACGAAAAUCCCCCAAAUUAAAACCCAAAAAACGGAAGCCCCCGAUCAAAAUGGAAAAACUUGGUGAUCGCUCUCUCUGCAAACUAAAAUCCCCAUCUUCACUGGUCUUUGCAUGAUAUCUCACGGUUCUCACCAUCGCAGGAUCUUCAUUCUCAGCUGAAGGAACUAAUUCCCAAACGACAGAUGGCUAAGGAUGAGAAAAUAGUUUUCAAGCCUGGAGAAUUGGCCCAAGAGACGAGAAACUACUUGGAAAAAAGAAAUAAGUUAAUUAAAGAGAACUAUGUAAAGAUUGAAGCUCUGGGGUGUAAGCAAUUGGCAAAUCUGUUUUUAAAGAAAAGUACAACUGUUGGAAAGAGAAGAAACAAGAUAGAUUGUGCUGUUAAUGAUGACGUAGAUUGGCAACCGGGAGGCGGUGAGGAUGGGAGUAGUUCUUGCUUCGAAGAUGAUGAAUGUUCCUUGGAAGAUGAAGAAUGUUCUGGGGCUCGGUUGAGUAAGGUGGCUACUACAAGAAAGCGUGUACAAUUGCCAGCUGGACCAAUGAGUGAUGUAUUGUAGCCUUUGCCUACCAUUAAUCAAGACCAACAUGAAAAUCAGCCGGUACAAUUGCAAGUGCAGCCGCAAGUGCAAGCAAAGCGAGUGCGAUGUCGGGCUGCACCUGCGAGUACUAUAUUGCAGUCUUUGCCUACCAUUAGUCAAGACCAGCAUGGAAAUCAACCACCACCAAACUAUCAUGAGUUCCAAUCCCCAUCUGAUGAAGUGGCAGGUCACAUAAAUGAGAGAGCCGUGGAGCUAGAAUCACAUCAACAUUCUAUGAGCAGUCACACUACUCCAAACUUGCACUCACUGGAACAAAGCAAUGAAGGGUCAAGAACUUCAGUCGGAGCAGGAAAAUACAACCGCACUAGAUGUUUAUAAGCAUAAUUGUCUGAUGUCCGUUGGAAAGAAAUGGAAGGAUUGGAAAGAUGAGCUUAAAAGAACUACCUAUAACUUAUAUGAUAAUGAUGAAGACCGUUUGGCGAAUUGUCCGAAUAGGGUCGAUCCUGAUCAAUGGAGAGUUCUUGUGCAAUUUUGGGGUACUAAAACAGCCAAGAGACGUAGUAAAACCAACCGUAAAAGCAGACACGAACAGAAAAUGGGACACACAAGUGGGAGGAAAGGCCAUUGUCGUGUAAGGGAUGAGUUGACACAGAUUAAGGAUGGAGUAGUAGUAGAGCCCGAUCACAUACAGGUAUUCAUUAAGACUCAUACGAAGAAAGAUGGACAACCAGUUGAUGAACCAUCAGCUUUGGCCAUACGUCGUCUUAAUGAGGGAGCCUCUCAGAUUCCUGAGUCUUCAGAGUCGCCUGCUUUACGGGAGGAGUUAUUCACUAACGUACUAAAACUAGAUAGGAAUGGACGUGUGCGUACCUAUGGCCUGGGUCCAUGUUCGAGUCAAGUGUUUGGGACCAGAUAUACCCGAUCUCAGGAGCAGCGUGUUAAGGAUCGGUUGCGUGCGGAGUUGGGUGCAGAGUUGCGACAAGAGGUGCUAAGAGACGUAAAUGAUGAAAUCACUCAAUUGAAGAACCAAUAUGCAACCGUGGCAGCUUAUAUGAAAAGUGCAGGACAUCCUUUGCCUCCACCAAAUGGAGCUGGAAAUGGAGAUAGAGAUCACACACCGUCACUAAUGGAGCACAAUGGAUAGGUAAAUUGUGGUUUCAUGGUACUUUUUGAGGCAAUGAGAAUAGAGUUGGCCAUUUUAUUGAUUGAAAAUACACCUGCCUCUCAUAUUGAUUGAUCUGUGUUGUUGCCAAAAUAUAUAGCUUGAGCCCAAAUAAGUAUGCCUUGUGGUCUCUGAAAGGAGCCUAUAAAUUGGUUGCUCAAAUACAUGUUUAAGUAGGUAUGCAUUAGACAUAACAAGAACCGAAUAGCAAGAAUACCAAAGAAACUUGCUAACUGAACCUGCUAGCGACACAACCUGCACACGCAAUCACAUCUACACUAUCACAACUUCACCCGAUAUCAUGUGCCAUGAUGCAAUGGAGCAUGACUUCCUCCAGCACCUGAAAUAAUUCUGCUGUACAAGACCGCCAAACAAUUGCAUAGCCAGCUAUUUGCACAUUUCCAUCUUGACACCUUGCAAUGCCAUUACCUCCCUUCUUUUGAUUUUCUUUUUUGACAAUAUUGAAGUCACCAAAGAGAAACCAAGGUUUAUUAUCAGCAGUGGAGGAAGAAAUAGAGUUUAGUCCAGACCAGAGCUGCCCUCUUUGAUCUCUUGCAUUAGAACAAUAGACAACAGUAGCAGUAAAGUUAAUUCUGAGCUGCUUAUGGGACACUUUUGCAGACUUGCAGUACAACUUGCACAUACGAAACAUCGUCAUUCCAAAGCAGAAUGAUUCUAGCUAUUCCAUCAGCAAGAUGAUUACCAAAAGACCUCAGAGAGUCAGAGAUGCUACGGAGAACAUUUUGAAAAUUAACCUGUCGAAUUUUAGCCUCCAAUAGACCAAUAAAAUCUGCUUUAUUUUGGGUUGAUUAGGUGACAUUUUGCUGCUUAUAAGGGUUAUUUAGAAGAGGGAGUAGCCAGCUUUGAUGGAGGGGCGGCAAUAGAUGGCAGGGUAACCAACUCAGUGAGAGCAGGUAAGCGAUGUUCAAGAGGCUCCCUCAGUCAUUUGUGCAGUAGCUUGAAUAUUGACCUCAACAGGUGCCAAAGGGGCAUCUUUAGGUCUCCAUUCUUGUCUAGGAGCUUUCAUGCAGCUAGCACCAAGCAUUUUUAUGACCAAAAGAGUUGUAUAGUUUUCACACAUGCGGGAGCCAUUUAUACUCAAAUUUUUCUGACGGUUCUUAAACCCAUCAGGCCCUACAAUUUCCAUUGACGUAGGAAAAAAGGAAAGAGGAGUUACCUCUACAAAUAGGAGUACGAGCAUAUGCAAACCUUUUCUUUUCUGCUGUCAUGUUAUCUGGAAACAAGGGAGUCCCAAUCAAUGUUAGUUGAUUAAUCAAACUGGUUAGUUAGUGAAUGUAUAUCUAUCUGUAGCCAUUGUCUAUGUAAUCCUUCCAUUACCUGUAGCCAUUAUCUGUACCCAUUAUUUGGAAACAAAGGAGUCCCAAUCAAUGUUAGUUGAUUAAUCAAACUGGUUAGUUAGUGAAUGCAUAUCUUUUCUUAUCUACAGCCAUUAUCUUCGCCAAACAAUGGCAGUCUAGUGAUUGAUCACAAAUAAUAAGGAACCAGCAAGACACAAGCUCCCCUACUGCUACCGAGUUUAUAGUCCAGAUGACUCUGUGAAAUGAUAGAAAAUUGAAGGAAAACCCUUGCCAUUAUAGGUGCUAACCAGCCAAAGACCCCCUUGGAUACUCACCUCCCACUCUUCUUUUUUCACAUUACAAGGAAUUUAGGGGUCCACCUUCUCCCUCCAAUAUUCCUCACCAGAUUACCCCACUAAAUAUUACAUCCACUCUUAAAAGAGGGUUGGGGAUCAAUCACACAGUUCACGGGAAGACACACUCACACUAUUUGAAACUAUACCUAAUGGAAUCAAUCACACAUCUCCACGACGAGCAGAUUGUAAAUUGUCUUAACGUAAUGGAAGAGUGAUAAGAUAACUUCCUGAUAAUAGGAGUACUAGAGGUUGUGACAUGAGCACCACAACACCGCCUGCUUGCUGAACCUGCUUACCGACUCGGCCAACUGCACAAUCUUGAACCUGCUUGCUUGUACAUAGGAGUAAUAGAAGGAACUCCACCUCAGUUCAGGACCCUUCUUAUGCCCCAUGACCUGCUCUACGAUCUACUGGGAUAGAAGUAAUGGCAGCAACCUGAACAAUCUGCUAUCUUGAACCUGCUUACUGAAAAUUGAUAAGAAGUGGACACACCAAGAUAAAUCAUUAAGCGUAGAUCAACAAAAUAAUAUGCAUUUGAAAGGUUCCAUUCAUUUACAAACCAGCUAGAUUGUGCUCCUUGUGGAAGCUUGGAAAGAGAUAAAUUGGACUUGGGUCAACCCAAUGUUGAUUAGAACUUGAAAAUUAUAGAUUGGAUUUGGGUGUCGAUGGCUUUGUUCCAUUUUAUUUAGAAUUCAAUGUGUCCCUUUUUGUGUCCGUAUCCGUAUCCGUUUUUGUUCUACGUAGAUAAUUGGAGUUGAAUUUUGUUGGUCAUGAGUAAAACAUACGAAUAAUUGCAGUUUACAGCAGUUUUUUUUGGCAAUUUUAGACCAAUUUUUGGGCAGUUUUUUUAGUAGUUUCUUGAAGUGCAUGGUAUUGAACUGAGCAAUAUUUGACCACUUUUAUAGCAUUUGAAGUGCUGACUUUUUUUCCAGUUGUUGCAUGUUGAAUCUUUGUGGAAGUGUUGUCUUUUUCUUUUCCAGUUCUUGCAGUUUGAAUCUCAGUCAUCGAUAGGCUUGGUAAUGCAGAUUUAGUGCUCUUUUAGUCCAGAUUUAAGUCCAAUUGUAGUGCAAUGGGUAGUUGGAGUUGCAUUCCUUUGUUUUUGGUUUAUAAGAUUACUGGGUUGUGAAUUGAUAUGUGCUUAGUUAUUUUUGUUUUCAAUCAAACUUGUAUCAAUUGUUAAGUGCAAAGAAACAGUAGGUUUAGAAAUUUAUUGAGGAAAGAUUUGUGGAAGACAUAAAAUGUGUUGGCUGAUCAGAAGGCAUGGCCUUUAUUGAGGAAAGAUUUGUGGAGGAGCUACUUUAGCUGUAGAACUAUCUGAUAUGCAAGAUGUUUAUACCAACAUAGUAAGGAAGGGAAACACAACUUGGGUAAGAUGCCUAUAUAGCUACUAAUAUUUGAUUGACCUGAAGGCCCUACUGUGACCCAAAUUGAGAUCUAUUAAUCUAGGUGGGUACAUAAUAGUGAUCCGAACGGGUUAAAACUUUUCGGUGGUGUGCUGACAAUAUGAAUGAUUGAAACACGUUUGUCUGAAAUUUCCAGCCAAGUGUGUAUCACAUUGCCGUCAAUGUCUGAUAGUCUUUUGUAUGUUUGAAUAAUUCUAUUUAGAUUAUGUUUUCAAGCUCGAGACUUGCCAGCCUUCCGUUCAUAUUAAGCCUCUUUCUCUGCCAUAAGAUGCACUCAUUUUGGCUUCCCAGAAGUUGAUUUGUUUCAAACUCACUAGUUUCUUUAAAAGACUUGACUGUCUCUUGAAUUCUGGGUGCAUGCAAGGUGGCCAUGGUAAUUUGAGUCUAAGCAAGUGAAUGGCUUUCCUGGUCUAUUUCCAUUGCCCUAUGGUAAAGGUGCAUACCCCUCUUCCGUUAGUUGUUGAAAUGUCUUACGUAAGUGAAAGCGUGGUUACGGGUUUCUUUUUCUAUUCCCAUCGAAUCGUACAUCUCUUUUUGUUUGCUAUCUUUACUAUAUUUGUUUUUCUUAGACACGGUGUAGAUAGAUAUUCUAGGACACGUUGGAUACCCAUUUUACAUUUGACACGACCACGUUGGCUUGUUGGUGCUUCAAUCACAAAUGGUUGAGUUUAGUUUCUUGCAUUUAUCCAUUAUACUAGGAUAUGUUUGAUGCUUGUGUCCUUUAUCUUUAAACUUACUGAUUGUGUAGGAUGUCGUGGACUAUAUAGAUACCCACACACCUCUGUAUAAACGUGUAAUUGUUUCUUGUAUUAGCAGGUUGCUAGGAUGUAGAUCGACGGACAUGGAAGACAUGCAAUAGGAAUGACGGGAAGACAUGUUUCUAGUAUUUGCAGGUUGUAAUUGUUUCUAGAAAACUGUUUUUGUUUUGGAGUUUGCAACUGGCCAAAAGCAUAUUUUGGGUCUUUGUGUUAUUUUGGUUAGUAUGAUCUUUUAUUUUUGGAGAUACACAUGCAAUUGAAACUUAUAUUUUGACGCUC